AUGGCGAAGAUGUGCUCGGGAGGUGUCAUGACAGAGGACGGACAUGGCUGCUUCUUCAUCGUGCCGGUCGUCGUCAAUACUGGGGGCAGCGCUUACAAUCGCCCCAUCAUCAGCGACGUCCUCCUCAAGCACUUCUUCCCGAAGUUUGACCGAGAGCUGGACAACAUGGCAAAGGAGCAAGCCAUCAUGUACAACUUGGUGGGGCACGAGCUGGCAGAGGUGAUUGUCGAGUGUGAUGGCUUGGCUAGAAAUCUUCAGGGCAUGAGGGAAGACAAUAAGCACGAAGACUUCCUGCUUGACAUCUACUACAAUGAGACGGUGCAGCAGACAGCACGGGGCUUCAAGCAUGUGGGCGCCACGGUGGAUGGCAUCAAACGUGAAGUGGAUAGCAUGAUGCUUGACCCGAUGACAGAUUGGGGAGAGAGUUCCUUGCCGGUGCCUGCGCACUUGUGGAAAUUCCCACCCAAAUAG